UUAAACAUUUUUAUAUCUUAUAUCCUUGUACCGUCCCUCUAUAUAUGUUUAAAUGGAGGUUCACUCCCAGAAGCCAAUAACCAAGUGGAAGUGGUGGCUGGUUUUCUAUACAGUUGGCUUUGCCUCAGGGUUCUUGAUACUGUCAGCAAAAUAUCACAUCAUGUUCGCCGGUAAACUUACCCUCUUCACAUUGCUGGCGGGAUCACAGGGGACAAUUGCAUUAUCUGCUUUCGAUAGUUUUUAUCCAACCGGCCUCAAUGACACUUCAUACAUCACAAAUACUUCACUUGGAUCGUAUGGUGGUAUUUAUUCGGCUCGUGGGAAGUCUACGACUUCAAACAUAACAUAUGGCACAUACGAUUACUGCUCGAUGCCCCAUCCAAGAGUACAAGAAUAUCGACUUCCUUCACCUGUAGCCAAUGGAAGUGUCAAGGCGGAUCUCGUCUAUCUGGAGUAUUUACAAAGACAUCAGAGGAGGACUAUGUAUAAUGUCUUACCUAGUGGAGAGACCGUGCCGUUCGAUUGCUCAGAUAUUCUCCCAUAUCUGUAUGCUGGACCUCAGGAUACCACCUUGGAACAGCCCAUUCCAGUACAUGCUAGCACAUAUACAGAUCCACACAAUCCUUUUUUGAGCAACUAUAUCUCAGGAACUUGCCAAUAUCCACAACUCACAAUCGGCGGCCUAUCAGAUGGCUACCAGCACGGCCGGGAUCUUUCAGGAGUGUAUGGCGCCACCGGUAAAUUGAGUCUUUUCCCCACAACUCCAUCGUUGGAGAAAACUUACUUUCGCUCUUCGGAGUCACCUUUGACGCAACAAAGUGCUGGAGGGGUACUACGUGGAAUCUGGCCCAAGUAUCAAGGAUCAAUUUCUCUUCAUCAACAAGCAAGUUCACUCGACACAGUUAAUGCAGGGUACUCUUGUCCCGCCAUUGCUUCGACACUAGCUAAAAUCAAGUCAACUGCCGAAUGGCAAGCUCACCUGACGGCUACAUCAGCCCUACGUACUACACUUGGAAAUAUGUUCAACGCAGACUCUAGUGCAUGGCAAGGGACAAUGGAUCAUUUCGCAGAUAACUUCCAAGCUCGACUCUGCAAUGGUUAUUCGCUUCCUUGCUCUCCGACUAAUGCUUCAAACUGCGUAAAUCAAGAAAUGGCGGAUGAGGUCUUCAGAGCUGGAGACUGGGAGUGGAAUUAUUACUGGAGGGCGAAUCCAUAUGUUCAAGAAUACAUCCAAGUUGUAGAGGGAUUAUUUAUUGGAGAGAUAGUUUCAAGACUGGAAAAUGUUGCAAAUGGGACAAUUAAAGGAGGGAAGUAUGGUCAUACUUUUGUUCAUGAUGGGGAUAUCGGUCCGGUGGCAGGCGCUUUGGGUAUAAAUGCUCUGAGAUGGCCUGGAAUGGGGAGUAAUAUUGCUGUGGAGAUUUGGAAACUUCGGAACCCUGUUAGCCCAGCUAUUGAUGGUCAUUUUGCAAGAGUAUUGUAUAGUGGACAACCUAUGCAGUCAAGCCAUGGAAAUCUGGACUGGGUUCCGUUGCAAACUUUAUUGGGAAUUUUGAAGCAAUUCGUGCCGACAGAUAUUGUAACGCUAUGCAACAGCUGAAGGAAUCACUAGGCAAGGUACCGGGAAGGGAAUAGAGCUUAGUGAAAUACAUUUGAGAUAAACCGUUACUUGAGAAUGCUGUCAAUCACGUAUUCUUCAUUUGGGAACGGACUCGAUCGUCUAUAACUUGAGUUGGAAAUGUGAGAGAGUACACUCAAUUACUCGUUAUAGUCUCCCCAACAGAAAACAAUGUUCUUGAAAGAUUGAAAUCUACUUGAAGCCACCACAUUUCUUCCUAAGACAGCAGAAAGAAACCGCACAUCUGUAUUAUUCCCUAAAAAGAGAGUCCACCAUUAUCCACACUAUUGUAUUGGGCGAAUGAACCCUACUCGAGGCGUCAUCAACAUGCCGUCGGCGACUGAGAAUUAUGCCAGA